AACGGCUGACAGUGCGCAUGUCUAGUGUUAGUGUUUCAUUAAAUUAUUAAAAAGUUAAUGUUCGAAUACCUAAUAAGUGAACUUUUGAGUGAUGUUUGACAUAUUUUUAAAAGAAAUCAAAUUAAAAUGGCGCCAAUAUUUAUAUGCAUCUUUAGCCAGCUAUGGCAGUCUUUGUACUGGGAUGUCCAUGGGAUGGACAUCGCCAGCUUUGCCACAGCUCCGCUCUAACAACUCCCCAUUACCGCGAGAACCUACGUUACAGGAGGAGUCAUGGAUUGGCUCUUUACUCGUUCUUGGAGGAUUACUUGGGCCCCUGAUCACGGUUCCUCUUUUAAACCGGAUCGGAAGAAGAUGGAUUAUCAUGGGUUCAAACAUCCCUCUAUUACUCGGCUGGUUGCUCGCUGGUGUGGCAACCGAUUUGCCCACUAUUUACGCCGCUCGUGUUAUGUGGGGUUGCGCGACUGGCAUGCAGUUUGCAACCGUGCCAUUAUAUAUCGGUGAGAUAGCUGAAGAUAAGAUACGUGGUUCUCUAAGCUCAUUGUUCUUACUCUUCAUCAACGUUGGAUUCCUACUGGCAUAUGCAAUCGGCCCAUUCUCCACGUACUGGGGUCUAACAGCAACUGGCGGUAUUCUGUCAUUGUUCUAUAUUCCUUGCUCUUGGCUCAUCCCAGAGACACCGUUCUUCUCAGUUUACAAAGGUAAAAUCGAAGAAGCAUCUGAAGUUUUACAACAACUAAGGGGAAUAUCGAAGGAUGCUGUUCAAGCAGAACUAGACGGAUUACAAGCUGUAAUCGAGAGGGAGUUUAAAGUAGAACCCAGCGUGAAGGACUUAUGGGCUACUAGAGGAAAUUUAAAAGCUUUAGGUAUUUGUGUUUUUCUUGCGAUGUUAUUACAACUCUCAGGCAUCGAUGUUUUAUUGUUCUACAUGGAGGAACUACUUGUAAAAGUAGGCACACGAAUAUCUGCGUCUGAUGGUACCAUUAUAAUGGGAGUUGUCCAGGUAGUAACAAGUUGCAUAACACCCCUGGUAGUGGAUCGACUUGGAAGGAAACUUCUCAUGUGGACGACGUCGCUUGGUCUAACGAUAUUUCUGGGUAUUAUAGGUAUCUACGCGUUACUAGAUUCACAUUUCCAUUACAACGUUGAAUCCUGGGCGUUCCUUCCUCUGUUGUGUCUCAUCGUCUACAUGAUAUUAUUUACCCUCGGUGUUGGUCCAGUACCGUGGAUCUUGGUGGCAGAGAUGUUCCCCGUUAGAACCAAAUGUCUCGCCAGCGGUAUAGCGUCCUUCAUGUGUUGGCUGGCCGGCUUUAUUUGGACUAGGUUCUUCCGAGACGUGGCGGCGUCCUAUGGGAUUUACACCGCCUUCUGGAUACUAGCCGUGUGCUGUGGGUUUGGCUUCAUUUUCUCCAUCAGCCCAUUGUUGCCGGAGACUAAAGGGAAGACAUUCGAUGAAAUCCAGGACAUGCUCAAUAAUAGAACAAAGACACCAAAGCCAGAAGCAGUUUAAUGUGAGAAUUACUAUUAAGAUUUGUUUAGUAUAUAACUUAUAUUGAAUAAAAAUCUAUUUGUUAAAAUAUGUCCUUCCAUUAAAAUAAAAUUUAAUUAUAAAAAAA